AUGACACUCGGUCUUGUCCCAGUGAUAGAUUUGUGUUCUCCGAACUUCUCUCCGGCGAAGGCGAUGACUCUUCUCGUCUCUAACGGUUUGCUCAGAAUGAAGCUUCGUCUGAAGGUCGCUACCGGAAAAGCUCGAAUCCCAGAGCCACCGGACCCACCAGAUCCUCUCUGCUUGCUAGUCACCGGCGAUACUAUAAUGAUGGAUCCGAGUUUCAUUGACUUAGUCCCGAUUGUUUCGGUUGAAUUGGGUUCUCUUAUGGUCGCCCUUGUGCGAUUCCUUGUUGCAUUAUGCAGAAUAUUUCUCUCUACUGCAGUAUGCAGGUUUCUACUAUUGUGUCAUUCAUUGGCAAGCUUAUCGCCGAUGUGCGAUGCUUCAAUUGGGCCAUCCGGUGAGAAUCUUAUCGCUUUUAUGCGACACCCUACUGCAUGUUUCAAUACGUCAUCACCUUGA